GGGAGACUAGAGAGAAUUAAAGUCCCAUCUUGUAGAUGCAUACAGGGGAACGGAUAGAUUACACCAUCCCCUACUAGAGGCACUCUGAACAUCGAACCACCAAAAUUUACAUUGGGUUUCCGGUCAUAUUCAUAACCACUAAGUAAAGAGCUACCACGCAUAUGAGGAUAACCAGUGUUAAAUAUAUACUGCAGGUUUCAGUAGAUAUACAGUCAAUUUCAAAAUUACGGAUACAAACUAAACACACACCAGUUCUAUACGGUAGAAAAAAUCCAUAUAAUACGAAUAUUAACACCGUACAAUUGAGUCAUGAUGGGCGAUAAGAAUCGGUCAGAAUAUAGCGCUGUUGAUGUCAACGGGAGCGCCAUAGACCUUUCCGAUGACAUAGACAUAUUCUGCACAGCCAGUGAAAGGGCUUUAUUAGACGAUAAAAGGUUAUUAGGUAAAGACGAUGCGGGUGCAGCGGGCGAUGAACAAUCGACGUGUAUACCCAUGAAAGAUAACGGGAAUCCGGUGUCGCAUUUGACAUUCCAUGAUGUACAGUACGAAGUAAAGGGCAAGACGGUGUUAAAGGGCGUUAGUGGGUAUUUGCCGAGAGGUAAACUACUGGCAAUUCUGGGCCCUUCCGGAGCAGGGAAAUCAACUCUCCUAGACAUACUCGCUGCACGCCAGAAACACGGGCGGGUUUCCGGUCGUAUCCUGGCCCACUUUACCAACCCAGACCAGUACGAUACGCCUCACGUGGACCUUCUCAAGUCCAAUGCCGGUGGUAUGACCCUGGAUGGUCAGUACCAGCAGCUGUGUGGGUACGUAACGCAGGAGGACAGCUUUGUAGCGAACUUAACUGUUCGUGAGACGCUAUGCUUCUGGCAGGCGCUGCGGGGGUCUAAGAAUGGCACGGCUAAGCAGAUUACGAAGAUAUUGAAGACACUGAAUCUGACAAAGGUCGAACAUACUGUGGUGGGGUCGCCCCUGAAGAGAGGCAUCAGCGGCGGAGAGGCGCGGCGCCUAAGCAUUGCUCUGGGGCUAUUAAUAUCCCCGGCAGUUCUAUUUAUAGACGAACCCACCACCAAUCUGGACAGUUACGCGGCGCUAAAGGUUAUGCGUACGAUACGUAAGCUGUGUGAUAAGGGAUAUACUGUGGUGUGCAGUAUCCACCAGCCCCGAAGUAAUAUAUAUGAUCUGUUCGACUACCUGAUGAUUCUGAGCGAGGGUCAGUCACUAUACUACGGCCCACGAGCCGACGCCAUAGACUACUUCCGAGAUAUAGAUAUCGAUAUAGAUAUUGAUAUUGAUAUAGAUAUAGAUAUCGAUAUAGAUAUAGAUAUAGAUAUCGACAUAUACUUAUACAUAUAG